CCUUCACCCCCUCCAUUCUUUUUUUUCGUUUGACGGCGCAAGAGCUGGCGCCGCGGACGGCAUUCCUCACGCUCUUUCUUCCUUACAGUCAUGUCCCAGCACGCUCGUUUCGCUCCAGCUUCUUAUGAACGCUCUGAUGUUCCCAUCCCGACAACUAGGCCGCCAGCACCUGCGGGCACUAUUCGCCGUGCCAAAACACUCACUCGUCCGGAGCGUGGCAUAGCACCUGUUCCCUUGAUCAAACCUACCGUACAACCGAAUGGCACUUCCACCGUACCCAGCCCUGCCGCUGACUCCGGUUGGGACAUAUGGUCGAUCUUCUCUCGCAUAAUCACUUUUUGGGCUCCAGGAGUACUUCUAAGCUCGAUUGGUGGGUUGAAGACGAAAGCUGUGCGGCAGGCAUGGCGAGAGAAGGUCGCACUCUGUUUUAUCGCUCUUCUCUUGGGUGGCAUAGUUGGCUUCGCAACGGUGGGAAUGCAGCGUGUCCUGUGUCCAUCGGACAGUGACAGUGAUUCUGACAAAUUUGCUCGACUUGGGACCGUGCAAAACGCCGUGGGCAUUCAAGGAUAUACGUUCAUCGCUUCACCAAACACCCCAUCCAGUAUUAUCAAGCUCUCACAACAGUUGCCUAGCCAGGACAUCACACCUCUUUUCCAGCGAGAUGCAGCGAACUUCCCAUCAUGCAAGGGCCUCAGCUUUCGAGUUGCUGUCGACCAGCCAUGCAAUUCGCAGACUAAUUGCACGCUGGGCAGCCUUAACUCUACAUCAACGUUCUCCGGCUUGGGUUUAACAAACAACACACUUCUUGUCGGCUAUGAUUGGGACCAAGUGGCAAAUCUGGAGAAUUAUUUCGUGAUCGACGGUGCAGUGCUCAAUAUGAACCCGUAUAUGUCAUUGCAUCGCACGCCGAUCACAGGAGAUAAUGUGGACUUGGCCUUACGCACGCUCCUUAAUUCUCAAUCAACCUCGAGUGGAAACGACGGGACGCGCUUGUUCUACGGCCGCGACGAUCUCAAGACAUCUGUUGGCUGCUUGAAAGAACGUUAUUAUGCAGGCAAUAUCGACAAGAUUACGCCGGGUUGCUUCGUUUCUCAGCUCGUACUAUACGCGGGUUUAAUCGUUAUUCUCGGGCUUGUAUUAGUCCGUUUCGUGAUGGCGUGCUUUUUCAGCUGGGUCAUGUCGGGUAGACUCGCUGGACCUCCCGAUCCUGCUUUGCUUCGUAAGACAACCAUCAGUCCUGCUGUGAUGCCGGGAGGUGCGAAUGUCGCUGUUGACAAUCGUACGGGAACCGCCCCUUGGGCAAAUGGUAGAACGCAGAAAGGCGCAAGGGCGCCAACAAAGUUAAUAAAGCCGUCCAACUCGUCGACUACGCUCGUAGGCGGCUCGGAUACUGCAUCACCGACGAUCACACUCGAACAGAUCGGCGCAGAGCUCUUCGCUGUGUGCCUUGUUACAUGUUAUUCCGAAGGAGAAAGCUCGCUUCGGACGACGCUGGACUCCAUUUCACUCACAAAUUAUGCUGAUGAACGCAAGCUCCUUUUUGUUGUUGCUGAUGGUAUGAUCACCGGCGCAGGAGAGAAACGCAGCACACCAGAUAUUUGUGUGAGCUUGCUGGAGGCAGACCCAAGGUUCGGAGACCCAAUGCCAAUGAGCUAUAUUGCGGUUGGCUCUGGCAAGAAGAGAGAAAAUAGAGCUAUGGUCUAUGCUGGUCACUACAGGGUCGCGGGCCGCCGAACGCCGACUGUUGUUAUUGUGAAAUGCGGCACCGAAUCAGAAGCGCAGACCGACAAGAAGCCUGGUAACCGAGGAAAGCGCGAUAGUCAGCUUAUCCUGAUGAACUUUUUUUCGCGUGUCACAUACAACGACCGGAUGAGUCCACUUGACUUCGAUCUAUUCCGGAAGAUCCAUGUGCUGAUGGGUGUCACUCCGGAUUUCUUUGAAGUCUGCUUGAUGGUGGAUGCCGAUACAAAAGCUUAUCCAAAUUCGCUCCGAUAUCUUGUCAACUGUAUGCACCACGAUCAGAUGAUCAUGGGUGUUUGCGGCGAAACUCGAAUUGAGAAUAAACGACAGUCUUGGGUGACCGCCAUUCAGGUCUACGAAUACUUCAUCUCACAUCAUCUUGCAAAGGCCUUCGAAUCCGUGUUUGGUGGUGUGACCUGUCUUCCGGGGUGCUUCUCUAUGUUCCGAUUAAAAGUACGAAAGAUGACUGGAGAUGACUGGGUUCCGCUUAUAACAAAACCAGAAAUUAUUCGUGAAUACAGCCAGAGCGAGGUUUCGACAUUACACCAGAAGAACCUGCUUCUGCUUGGCGAAGAUCGGUUCCUGACUACCCUCCUCCUGCGAACGUUCCCAAAUCGCAAGAUGAUGUUCUUGCCUCAAGCGAAAUGCCGCACGGUUGUGCCGGACGAAUUUAAAGUGCUACUCUCGCAACGUCGACGAUGGAUCAACUCGACCAUCCAUAAUUUGAUGGAGCUGGUCUUAGUACGGAAUCUGUGUGGAACGUUCUGCUUCAGCAUGCAGUUCAUCGUCUUUAUGGACCUAUUGGGAACAGUUGUAUUACCAGUUGCGAUUGCGCUCACAUAUUCUCUCGUCGUUGGGAUGGCGAUGGACCCGCCUAAAACAUUCGAGGAAGCCAUUCCGCUUAUCCUGCUAUUGGCAGUCAUAGGUCUUCCUGGUGUACUAAUCCUGAUCACGACACGCAAAAUUGUGUACGUUUUCUGGAUGUUUAUCUAUUUGAUGGCUUUGCCUAUAUGGAACUUCGUCCUCCCUGUUUAUUCCUUCUGGCACUUUGAUGACUUCUCUUGGGGUGAAACACGGAAAGUCGAGGGUGAACGAAAAGGCGCUGCUCAUGGUGAUGGUGAAGGUGUAUUUAACGGAACUUCUGUUCCGAUGAGGCGAUGGGAAGAUUGGGAACGUUCGCGGCUACGCAAGAUGAAACGUGAAGAGCGACGGCGUCGAGAUAUGGAACGUGCGUUCCCGUCGGGUUACAACUCAGGUGGUAAUCUUGGUAUACGUUCUGAACGUUCGAGUCAGUAUGAUGGAUCAGACACUGUCUCUGUCACAUCCUCCGAAGACGAUGUAUGGGGACCUCAGAUUGGAGCAUACAAUGAAAACAAUCCCGCAUAUCCUCCACCUCCGACUGGUGUCCUGUUACCUCGAAACGAUGUCUUGCAAUCCGCGGGUACCGUCAACGCAUCUGAUCUUGAGGCGAUGCUUGAGGUGGGGUUUGACAGUGAUCAGAAUCUGUCGCGUCAGAACUUACUGCAGAGUUCGUCGACCUCGAGUACGAACUUGCCGCGAUAUCAAUUAUCAGAUGGUCCUGUUGGAGGUGGUCCAGGGAGAUAUACGCCAGUGUCGCGAACAGAAGGUGGACCAGUGUAUGCACCGCCAGUGAUGUCUCCUAUAACGCCGUCAGGGCCUAACGUACUCACUAGUGGUUACAACGGGGUACGAACGCAUGCCCGACAACGGAGCGGAGGGCGGGGUGGACCACCAGGUCCGAACUCGUACGGGCCUUUAGGACCACUUGAUCCCAGUAAUCGGAUAUGAAACGACCGCCUGCAUGAUUUUGUCCUGUCUUCCCUCAUUUAUUUGCUCUCAUCAUCAAGUCCGCUCAUCUGCACGCCAUGCAACCCAUAAUUUUAUCCUGGCAAUUUCUCUCGUUUGUUGGCAUAUCAAUUGAUUACCCCUUCGUUUGAUGACUAUACCUGGGGCUUGAACCCUUCUUUAUAAUAUCUAUUCAUGGCUGCGCGCACGAGAUGGGCGCGCCGUGCGCGUUUUUUUGUCUUCGUUGGCGCGUGCGUGUGGAUGGGAUGCAGUAUAUAACACAAGGACUCUGUUGACCUUUAGCUUGGUUUGUUUGGAAUGGUAGAUUGUAUAUUGAUACUACUCUCCCUUCGUUUUCUUCUUCCGCCCUUCUGUUUCACCUUCAACUUGAUUUCGGCGUCUACUCUCAUCAUGUUUUGUGUACGAGGCUGAAACAAGUUUUAUUGCAUUCUCUCACCAGGACGACAUCCGUUUUUACACAACUAAGCUGUUCGAUCACCAUUAUACGCACGCCCGCAUAUAGCUGCACACUAAAGCAG